AUGACCCGGGCAGAGGGUAUCAUCCAGCGCACCAGCCGGCUCUUCAUUGAUAACAAGUAUGUGGAGGCCGAGAACGGUGCACGAUUGCCGGUUCUCUCACCCACGGACGGCAAGUCUUUUGCCAGCAUUGCGCAUGCAUCAACUGGCGACGUAGAUCGGGCGGUUCGCUCUGCGAGGCGAUGCUUUGAUGAAGGAGACUGGGCAUCGCGCUCUCCUGAGGUUCGGGUUGACAGUUCGAGCUUUGGUUGA